AUGCUUUCUAAGCAAAUAACUCAAUCUAAUGGAAUCGUUAAGCGCGGCCGAGGCCGUUUAAGAAAUCUUUUAUCUGCCUUAGCUAUUGCUGCUGUUAUAGCUGCGGCAGCGGCGGCGAUACCUCGUAUUUUUACCCUCGAACCUUCGCCCUUUCUUUUAGACCUUCUUAUUAAGCGCUUGCUUAUGCUAACGAUCGUCAAAGCUUUAAGGUGCAUUAACAAUUGCACCGCUGCUUUUGCCGCUGCUAAUACCGCUUUCGAAAACUUCCUCGCUUUAGAUGCUGCCUUUUCAAGAGGUGUUGCUAGUAGUCCGAGCGGUCUUGCGAGUAAAGGUUUUAAAAGUAAUCUUAGUAGCUUUGCAAGUUUUGCUUUUGCUUUUAAGACCUUCAAUUUGAAUAUAGCUUUUAUUAGAUUGAAUGGUCUUGUAGCAGCGAAUCGUAGUCCGGUGACACGGAGCGCUUCGAGCAUAUUACCUUUUCCUUUUGCGCUUGCGCUAGCCGCUUUUGUUGCUUUCGUCGCUUUUGCAGCUUUCGUCGCUUUCGUCGUAUUUAUUAUCGUCGCUCUUUUUGCGCUAGUUAUUGCGCUUGCCGCUCUUGCGGCGGCGCUCGCCGUUGUUAUAACUCCCGCGAAGCGCCGGGCUAAAGUAAAAAGAUUGCUAAAAGCUUUGGUUAAUCUUUUAUUAUGA